AUGGAUGAUUCGGUGAAUCGAAGAAACACUACACAUCCAAUCACUACGAAAGCUGAUCACAAACCUCCCUCACUUCAUACAAAGCUAUCCUUUCCACAGUCAUACCGUCGAGAGUAUCCACGUGCCUUGGAUUCCAAUGGUAAAGUUUUCAAAAUUGCCAGAAAUGUGAGAAAAUACGAAAGAUCUACCAGACGGAUAGCUUAUCAGUUGUUCGACUGCGAGACUGAGGAGGAGCCACCUACUGACCCUAUCUCUGUUUCAAAAGAAAAGAAAAGAUCAUGCGUAACAAAUAUCCAGAGGUUACAUACCUGGAUUUCGGGCAUAUAA